AUGAGGUGGUUGCCGUGGCCGUGGAGGCGGCCGAACCACCCGGACCGGGCGCCGCCGCCGUGGCAUGACGACGUGCCGGUGGCGGUGGGCACCCACCUCCACGUCGUGGCUAGUGACGACAACGAAGACGACAACGGCGGCGGCGAGGCCGGGUCCACGGCGUCGUCGGAGCGCAGCCACCGGACGCUGCCGGUCCACGCCGACGAGGCCGCGUAUCCCGCCGGGGACGCGGGCCAGGGCGUCCGCCCGCGUCAUCACGAAGGGGCCGGUGGUUCCGGUUCGGACGGCGGGUGGAGCUGGAGCGAGAGCGCCGGCGGACGAGGAGGCUGUCGCCGGGCACCGACGAGGGCGGCGGCGGCGGGUGCCGGGGCGCCAUCAUCGCCGCCGGGGAGGAGGCGGAAGGCGGCCUGCUGCUGCCGGCGUGUCGGUGCUCUUGGUCGUCGGGCCUGCCGCGGCGGUGAUGCUGCUCGCGCUCGUGGCGCUCGUCGCGUGGAAGCGGCGGCAGCGCCGCCGGCUGCUAUAGCUCGAUCACGCGCGCAGUAA